AUGUUAAUUCUUGCCGCGAUAGCUACAGCUAGACACGCUGUUCCCUGUCAUCAAUCUGCGGGAUUUGGAUGGCUGCGCACGAUAUCAGUGAUCCUGUUUCUGAACAAGCAGGACUUGCUCGCGGAGAAGGUGCUCGCGGGCAAGUCCCGGCUGGAGGAGUACUUCGCGGAGUUCGCGCGCUACCAGACGCCGCCCGACGCCUUGCCCGACGCGCGCGACCACCCUGAGGUGGCGCGCGCCAAGUACUUCAUACGUGACGAGUUCCUCCGCAUAAGUACGGCGAGCGGUGAGGCGCAUGCACCUGCGCCAGUACGAGCUGCUCUAACCGCACGCAUCACCGAAAAGUGA